AUGGAUUCUGGGAUGUCUGUUAACAAUCUGAAUACAUUCGAACGUCGUCUUGAUCCUGAGAAAAAUAAAGUGGAUGAGAUUUCUUAUCAGGAGAGGUUUUCACAUCGAAUUCGAAGACAUGGAGAAGAAGAACUUAAGGGAGCACAUAAAAAUAUUUAUUAUGCAUCUUUGCCCAUAAAAUUACCAUAA